AGAACCAGCGAGCAAGCCAGCGAGCAGGAGCCGGAGCCCCAUGCCCUUAGCUCCACUCCAAUUCUCUCCCUGCUGGAGCUGGGCGCGCCAGGUAGGGUGAGCCUGUGGUGCCGCGGCUGCUGCCGACCUUUUUAGCCCUGACCCCACAUCCUGGCAUCCCCGGGUCCUCGAGUUCUGGGGCACCCAGGCCGGAGCGUCCAGACAUCGCUCUCUGGGAGCUGCGGGAAGCGGGAAGACAGCCCCCCGCGUCCCGCCUUUCUUCCCCAGAAAACGCACGCCCUGCAUCCCACUCCUCGAUUUCUCCUGUUCCAAUGUCCUCUGAUUCUUCUUUCUGUCUGUGCCUCCGUCUUUGUCUCAGCCUUUUGGACUCUCUGGCCUCCUGGCUCCCCGACUCCAGGGUUCUAUCCCCUUCCUGCCUGUGUGUUUCCCUUUGAGCCUCCCCUGUUGCUCAACCCUUAUUUGCGUUCCUUCCCAUCAGUGUUGGUCUUCAUCCCGGCUUCUCUCCUUUCCCGGUUGAAUUGAUUCUUUCCGAUUCGCAUGGGAUCCCAGUCCCCCUGGCCUGGUACCAGUGGAAGAUUAGCUCUGAAGAAAUGAGGCACAAGUGAGGAGCUGCAGUCUCUGUAGCCAAGACAUGAGGUCCUUAAACUAAUUGCUGUGUGCUUCAUCCUCAGUUUCCUUUCCUGUUCUGAGAAAAGAUAUAUGCCACUCUUCCAGCCUUUUAAAGCAAGCAUGAUUUUAAGAGCCUGUGUGGGAUGGGUGUUUGGGAAGGCUACUGGGGUACAGAUGAUAUGAGAGUGGAAGACAGAGGAAGGGGUCUUUAAAGGCUAGCCUCAGGGUGGACAGGCCCCUAGAUCUGAGAAUGGGGAGGCCUGGAAAUGGUGACUUUCUCUGCUGGGUUUGAAGUGAAGAGAAAACAGAGGCAAAAAAGUCUCAAACAGAGAGCUAGGGAGUCCAGAACUGAUAACACUGGAGAUUCUGAUCAGUUGAAUUGUCCCCCAACCUAUGACACAAAUGUACUUUCAUAUGUACUUGUCCUGCUCAUUUAGGACCUAUGGUCACUUUGAUGCCUUCCCUGGGGAGUCUCUCUACCUGGCCAUCUCAUUCAGGGCCUAUGGUCUCCAUUCCUUUCUCAGUCAGGUAACUGUAGAAAUGACCUUUUAAGAACCAGAGGCUAGCACCCUUGGGUGUUCAUCUGGACUCCAUUCUCACUAGGAUUGGAGAUUAUCACUUACUCUUUCCUGGUGGGUCUUCAGAAGCAGUCUCUGAAAAUCUGAGCCUCAGGAUGGGGAAUGGCUCCCUGAGUUUGUAACUUUGGCAUGGCCUCUACUGCAAAGGUAUUGACCUUGUGUAGAGUCUUGGACACCCUUUAAUUUAUAGAGGACUUGGCAUUGGUUGGGUUCUUCUGUCCUCUGCCUGGGCCUCCACUCCCUGUCUCUUUUCUCCUUCUGCUUGAUAGGGGUACAAGGCCCAUAUUCAGCCUAAAUCAGAGCAAGGUUGAGUGAGAGACUCAGGGAGGUAUCCCAGGAGCUUCUCAGACUAAUUAGUUACACCACCCUCUUCCCUGAGUUCCUGGGAACAAAUGUGAGGAAGAGCAGAGUCAGAAGGGGAAAAGGGGAAAAAAGAGGGAAUCACUUUCAGGUUCUGCUUUUCCCUUUCUGUUUGUCUGUCUCUCUAUUUCUCUGCAGGAGCUGGGUCCCUUCUCAUCUCUCUUCCUGUCUGUCCUUUCCUGGUCCCUUUUUCCUCCUCCCUUUGCCUUUGCUGCUUCUACCCUCAUCCCCUGGAGACCGGGUCUGCUGGACCUAUCCAUCCCCUUUGGAACCAUGGGAUCACUGCUUGGGCUCCUGGCACUGCUGCUGCUGUGUGGUACUGUGGCUGAGGGCCCAGCCAAGAAGGUGCUGACCCUGGAGGGGGACCUGGUGCUGGGUGGGCUGUUCCCAGUGCACCAGAAGGGUGGCCCAGCAGAGGAGUGUGGUCCUGUCAAUGAGCAUCGUGGCAUCCAGCGCCUGGAGGCCAUGCUUUUCGCGCUGGACCGUAUCAACCGUGACCCCCACCUGCUGCCUGGGGUGCGUCUGGGUGCACACAUCCUCGACAGCUGUUCAAAGGACACGCAUGCCCUGGAGCAGGCACUGGACUUCGUGCGUGCCUCACUCAGCCGAGGUUCUGAUGGUUCCCGCCAUAUCUGCCCUGAUGGCUCUUAUGCUACCCAUGGUGAUGCUCCCACUGCCAUUACUGGUGUCAUUGGCGGUUCCUACAGUGACGUUUCCAUCCAGGUGGCCAACCUUCUGCGGCUAUUUCAAAUCCCACAGAUCAGCUAUGCCUCCACCAGCGCCAAGCUGAGUGACAAGUCCCGUUAUGACUACUUUGCCCGCACAGUUCCCCCUGAUUUUUUCCAAGCCAAGGCCAUGGCUGAAAUUCUCCGCUUCUUCAACUGGACCUAUGUGUCCACUGUGGCAUCCGAGGGUGACUAUGGUGAGACAGGCAUUGAGGCCUUUGAGCUAGAGGCUCGUGCUCGCAACAUCUGUGUGGCCACCUCAGAGAAGGUGGGCCGUGCCAUGAGCCGUGCAGCUUUUGAGGGUGUGGUGCGAGCACUGCUGCAGAAGCCCAGUGCCCGUGUGGCUGUCCUGUUCACCCGUUCAGAGGAUGCCCGAGAGCUGCUUGCUGCCACCCAGCGCCUCAAUGCUAGCUUCACCUGGGUAGCCAGUGAUGGCUGGGGGGCCCUGGAGAGUGUGGUGGCAGGCAGUGAGGGGGCUGCUGAGGGUGCCAUCACCAUCGAGCUGGCCUCCUACCCUAUCAGUGACUUUGCCUCCUACUUCCAGAGCCUGGACCCCUGGAACAACAGCCGGAACCCCUGGUUCCGUGAGUUCUGGGAGCAGAGGUUCCACUGCAGCCUCCGGCAGCGAGAUUGUGCAGCCCACUCUCUGCGGGCUGUGCCCUUUGAGCAGGAGUCCAAGAUCAUGUUUGUGGUCAAUGCAGUGUAUGCCAUGGCCCACGCACUGCACAACAUGCACCGUGCCCUCUGCCCUAAUACCACCCACCUCUGUGAUGCAAUGCGGCCUGUCAAUGGGCGCCGUCUCUACAAGGACUUCGUACUCAAUGUCAAGUUCGAUGCCCCCUUCCGCCCAGCUGACACUCACAAUGAGGUCCGCUUCGACCGAUUUGGUGAUGGUAUUGGCCGCUACAACAUCUUCACCUAUCUGCGGGCAGGCAAUGGCCGCUAUCGUUACCAGAAGGUGGGCUACUGGGCAGAAGGCCUGACUCUGGACACUAGCCUCAUCCCAUGGGCCUCGCCUUCCACUGGACCCCUGCCUGCCUCUCGUUGCAGUGAGCCGUGCCUUCAGAAUGAGGUGAAGAGCAUGCAGCCGGGUGAAGUCUGCUGCUGGCUCUGUAUUCCCUGCCAGCCCUAUGAGUACCGGUUGGAUGAGUUCACCUGCGCCGACUGCGGUCUGGGCUACUGGCCGAAUGCCAGCCUGACUGGCUGCUUUGAGCUGCCCCAGGAGUACAUCCACUGGGGUGAUGCUUGGGCAGUGGGACCUGUCACCAUUGCCUGCCUCGGUGCCCUGGCCACCCUCUUUGUGCUGGGUGUCUUUGUGCGGCACAAUGCCACUCCUGUGGUCAAGGCCUCGGGUCGGGAGCUCUGCUACAUCCUGUUGGGUGGUGUUUUCCUCUGCUACUGCAUGACCUUCAUCUUCAUUGCCAAGCCAUCCACAGCUGUGUGCACCUUACGGCGCCUUGGUUUGGGCACUGCCUUCUCUGUCUGCUACUCAGCCCUGCUCACCAAGACUAACCGCAUUGCACGCAUCUUCGGUGGGGCCCGGGAGGGGGCCCAGCGACCACGCUUUAUCAGUCCUGCCUCACAGGUCGCCAUCUGCCUGGCACUUAUCUCAGGCCAGCUGCUCGUUGUGGCUGCCUGGCUGGUGGUGGAAGCACCAGGCACAGGCAAAGAGACAGCCCCUGAACGGAGGGAGGUGGUGACACUGCGCUGUAACCACCGUGAUGCAAGCAUGCUGGGCUCUCUGGCGUACAACGUGCUCCUCAUAGCGCUCUGCACGCUCUAUGCCUUCAAGACCCGCAAGUGCCCUGAAAAUUUCAAUGAAGCAAAGUUCAUUGGCUUCACUAUGUACACCACGUGCAUCAUCUGGCUGGCAUUCCUGCCCAUCUUCUAUGUCACCUCCAGUGACUAUCGGGUACAGACUACUACCAUGUGCGUGUCGGUCAGCCUCAGUGGCUCUGUGGUGCUUGGCUGCCUCUUCGCACCCAAGCUACACAUCAUCCUCUUCCAGCCGCAGAAAAAUGUGGUUAGUCAUCGGGCACCCACCAGCCGCUUCGGCAGUGCUGCCACCAGGGCCAGCUCCAGCCCUGGCCAAGGGUCUGGCUCACAGUUUGUCCCUACUGUUUGCAAUGGCCGUGAGGUGGUGGACUCAACAACGUCAUCGCUUUGAAGACCCUACACUCCUACUCAGAUAUGGCUGAUACCUGGAACCCAGUGCAGAUCAUGUCCUUGACCAGGAGGAAAUUGGCUGGAGCAGCACAAUAAUACCCAUCCCAUGUCCACCCCCAAAGUAACUUACCCACCUGCUUGUCCCAACCCUUCAGAUUCAGAAGUCAGCGUUCUUGACCAGGGGGCCUUUGCAAUGACCACCACAGCCACCUUGUAGCUGUGUCCUCUGCUUGCCAGGUCCAGGGCUCAGACGGGAGAGAGCCAGGAUUUAUUGUGCCCUGGCAUAGGGGUUGACUGAGGAUUGUAGAUCCCAAUCCCCAAUCAGCAAAGGUGCUUCCAGCCCAGCUCCUCUUCCCUCCUAGGGCCUUUUUAAUUUUUUAUAUGUUACUCUGGGAUGGGCAGGGUGGUUGUUUUGGGAGUUUUCCCUCUCUCUGAACGGUAGUUUGUCCUGUGGUUUAUUUUGUAUUAUCUGUAAAUAAAGUGUCUUUAUUUAAAAAAAAAAGAAGAAGAAUCACUC